AUGGCCGAAGACCAACAAAUUGUUCCAUACAUUCAACAAGAAUUGCGUGAUUAUGAUGAUGCUUUAGAACCCGGUUAUCGCUUUUGUCCAACCGACUCGGAGCUCAUCAUCUACUACCUUAAACGAAAGAUUGAAUUAGGCGAACAACCCAGAUGUCGGAUAUACGAUGUUCAUGUUUAUAGCCACCACCCUAACGAACUUACAGAACGUUACCGGUCGUGUGAAGGCAUAUUUUACUUUUUUACAAUGAGAGAGCGAAAACACCAGACGGGGACACGAGUGAAUAGAAGAACCAAGGACUUUGGGUAUUGGAAAUCGACCCAGAAAGAUACGAAGGUGUAUGAUUUUGUGACGAGACGAGUGCUUGGAACAAAAAGACCUUUUGUUGGUGCACUUGUGUCUAUGACGGAUUGGGUAUUGUGUAAGAUAUACAAGAAACAUUCAACCCAAAGUGUUAAUCAUAACAAUCAGCCGGAUCAACAAGUUCAGAACAAAAGGAAUCAAGAGGAGACAAUUCAUCUACAAAACCAAAUAAAUCAACCUGCAAAGAGACCAAAAGUGUCAGCAAAUUCCGAAAUAAAUCAACCAAGCGAACGAGUUCAACAUCAUGAAACUAUUAAUCAUUUGGGAUCUAUGUUUCAAUCAAACCAUCAAUCUGUUAUUCACAACAAUGUGAUGGGUGCUCAAGCAUUGCGUAUUGGUCAUGACCAACGUCAGGGAUCAAACACCAAUCCCACACUAAUCACCAUGCAAUCGUCGGCUACAUUUCAAGACCCUAAUCAAGAACAAGUUCAAUCUUUUACCGGGAGCUCAACGUGUGAACAUUACGAUCAGAAUCAAUGUAUGUCAGCUUCAACAAACGUUCAUAACACCUACCAAGAAGAUAGUCAAACACUAGUCAACAUGCAAGGUGGUUAUAAUCGAUCCAUGGAGGAGACUGCUACUGAUGACAAUCUUUGGGACCUACUAGACUAUGAGGAAUUAUUGUCACUUCUUGAAGACGAAGAUGGCCACACCAUGAAUUAA